AUGACUCUGCUCGAUGAGCACCACCAUCCAUCUUCAUCAUCCUCCUUAUUCUCAUCUUCAUCAUCAUCAUUCUCCUCAGCCUCCCUCUACAUGGGGUCGUUCUCCACCACAGCAACCUCUCCACCCCACCACCUCUACAACCACUCCACCCCCAGCAAUAGCAGCACACACAACCUGACCGGCGUAGGGCUCCCAUCUCCGCAUCAUGUGGUGUUCACCUGGGAGAUGGUGGUGAUCGUCCUGAUCACGGGGCCCCUGUCGGCCGUCACCAUCGUGGGGAACCUGCUGGUCAUCCUCUCCUUCCGGGUCAACUCCCACCUGCGCACGGUCAGCAACUACUUCCUGUUGAGCUUGGCCGUGGCCGACCUCAUCUUGGGCGCCGUGUCCAUGAACUUCUACACGACCUACAUUCUGAUUGGUCAAUGGACCCUGGGCAACCUGGCCUGCGACGUCUGGUUGGCCGUGGACUACGUGGCCAGCAACGCCUCCGUGAUGAACCUGCUGGCCAUCUGCUGCGACCGAUACCUGUCCGUCACGCGACCUUUGACCUACAGGGCGAAGAGGACCCCGCGGAGGGCCGCCAUCAUGAUCGGCCUGGCGUGGGGGGUGUCCUUUGCCAUCUGGGCGCCCCCGAUCCUGUUCUGGGAGGACAUGGUGGGCGAGAGGAAGGUGCCGGAGGGCGAGUGCUCGGUGCAGUUCUUCUACGUGCCGGUGAUCACGUUCGUGACGGCCAUUGCGGCAUUCUACCUGCCCGUCACCAUCAUGGCGGUGCUGUACUGGAGGGUGUACCGGGAGACGGAGCGGCGCUCGCAGCAGCUGGCGGGCCUGACUGGCACCAUGACCACUGCCACAGCGCUGGCCAUCACAUCACAGGCCUCAGGUCAACACUUCUCCCAGUGCAGCAGCAGUGAGGGCAGCAGCUCUGGUGGAGACGCUCAGCUCCAGUGCCCAGCAGCAGCCACCCAGGCAGAGCUGGACGAGCUCAGGGGUGGAAGAAGUGGAGGAAGAAGAAGGAGGGGGCCAGCAGGCUGCUGGAGCACGGUCCUCCACUGCCUCAAACGAGAGAGGGACACCAUGUCCUCCACCACCAUCUCCCCAACCCAGAGCCGCUACCUCCACCACCACCACGGCAGCAGGAGGAGCGACAGCCUGGACAGCAGCAACGAUGGAGGAGACCGCAACGAUGAUGGAGACUACCAGAGAAGCGUGCAGGAGGUUCCCUUGGUCCGCAUGGGCGACAGGAACAGUAACGUGGAUGGGUAUAAGGGGGGUCAUCAUACAACAACACCAGACCCCUCUCCCUCCAUGUGUGGACGCAUCAGCAGCAGCUUCAGCAACCCCUCGUCCCCGCCCGCCUCCUCUACCCGCCCUUACUCCACCAUCUCCCACCUGGCGGCCAGAACGUGCAGCGCCACCAAGACCUUGCGGAAGCUGCGCAGCUCCUCGCUGAUCCGCGAGCGCAAAGCGGCGCGGACGCUGAGCGCCAUCCUGCUGGCGUUCAUCGUCACCUGGACGCCGUACAACAUCAUGGUGCUGGUGUCCACCUUCUGCGACAGCUGCGUGCCGGAGCAGCUGUGGCAGCUGGGCUACUGGCUGUGCUACGUCAACAGCACCGUCAACCCCGUGUGCUACGCCCUGUGCAACCAGCACUUCCGCGUCACCUUCAAGGAGUUGCUGCUGUGCAGGUGGAGGGCCAGUCGGAGGAAGAGGAGGAGGUGGGUCAGGCCAGGAGUGGGAUGA